AUGGGUCAAGAGCACCAACAACAACAACCAAUAUAUUUUAAUAAUGAUGAACAACAAAAUUUAAUUAAUAACAACAAUAAUAAUAAUAAUAAUAAUAGUUAUUAUAAUCAUAAUAAUAUUUCAACACCUCCACCUCCACCAACUUCAAUUACAUCUACAACCUCUACUGGAAUUCCUAUUAUAGGAGCUAAUAAAAACAGAUAUAAUAAUAACCCUACUAUUAACUAUAAUAAUCAUGGGAAUAAAAUUAUGAUACCAAGAGAUCCAAUCAGUGGUGAUUUCUGCUCAGCUAUUCCAAUACAGAUACAACCAUUCAUAUCACCAAAUGAUUAUUGUGAAAUAAUAAACCAGAUUAACUUUUACAAAUCAGGUGUUAGAGUACCAUUUUUGUAUUAUAUUACCAGUUCAAUUGUUUGUUUGGUUAUUCUUGGUUUUAUUGUUUUUAUAAAUAUUUCAGUAUCACUUGCUGGUUUUGCCUUAAUACCCGCUUUAAUCAUUGUAGUAGUUAUUCAUAUUUAUUCAUUUUUAAGAUCCAAAAGAAUUUUCAAAAGAGAAACUGAAAGAUAUAUAUCAGUAAUUAAUCAAACAUAUACAAAUUUAACAUUUCAUCCAACCUAUUGUUAUAAAUCAGAGUUGAUCAAACAACUUGAUAUCUAUUUUUCAAAUACAGUUCAAUUAAACAAUACCAUUCCAUCUACAUCAAUGUCAAGAGAAUAUGUUUCACCACCAAAUAUUUACAGCCAAGAUAUUUUUAGAGAUUUUAAAUAUUUAAGAUAUAUUAAACCAGUAUAUAUUGACAAACAGGUAUCUUAUUAUAAUAGUUUACCAAGCAGCUCAUUAUCAACUAUUGAAACCAUUGAUAUUAGUAACGAUCAAUCUCAAGUACCACAAUAUAUUACACCAUCCCCACAACAACAAAAACAACAAAAACUUGAACAAGAACAACCCACACAAAUCUAUCAAGGACGAACACAAAUAUAUAUAAAUAAUACUAGCUAUUAUGCAGAUGAUAUUAAAAGACCAUCUAUUCAAGAUUUAUUAUCUCCAUCUGAUGCUGAAUCAUUCUAUACCAAUCCUCAACAAAACAAUGACAAUGAUAGCAAUGACAACAAAAAUAAUAAUAACAUUAGUUAUUUAUAA